AUGUCUCUUGCAACCCUCGACACAACCCAACACCCCAAUCUCCCUGCUUCAUCGACAACACUUUUUCAAGCCAAAGCAGCGAAAAAGCUCAGCUUUGAGCAAAUAGCCUCGUACAUCGGGCGCAAUGAAGUCGCCACCGCAGCCCUCUUCUACGGCCAAGCCAAAGCCUCCGAGGAAGACGUUACCAAACUCUCCUCCCUCCUGGAUAUCCCCAGGGAAGUGCUGGAGGAGCAACUCAGCGGAUUCCCGGAUCGUGGCCGAUCCGUGGAAAUGCCACCCAGGGAACCGCUGAUCUAUCGGUUGUAUGAGAUUGUGCAGAACUAUGGGUAUGCGUAUAAGGCAGUGCUAAACGAGAAGCUGGGAGAUGGGAUCAUGAGUGCGAUUUCGUUCUCGACCAAGGUGGACAAGGAGACAGAUGAGAAUGGGAAUACCUGGGCGGUGAUUACCUUGAGAGGGAAAUGGUUGCCAUUUUCGAGGUUCUGA